AUGGUGGUGGUCAAGCGACGGCAGGUUCAUCUCUACCACGCAUGCUCGCUGAGCGGCGAAGGUGAAGCUGGCAGCUCUCACGUUUGCGGGGUAGACUAGUGAGUGACGGGCAGGGAAGGGUCGGAUCAUGGGGCUGGUGGUUGGCGCCACAGAUUCCGCCAGGCUACGGGCGUGUUAGAGCCGAGAGAGGUGGCGGUGCGGUCCGUGCGGGCGGAACAGGGUGAUGGCUACAGCAGUUGGGCGAUAUGCCGGCUCACUGAAGGGGCUCAACAGCAACCCCGAUGUUGUUGUUGUUGUU